CCCGUGGCGCAGGCGUCAUGCGCUUCUCAUGCAGCCAGUGUUGCCAGGGCAUACUGAGGAUUUCAGACUAAACUCCUGAGUCCAGCACAUAGACUGUGGUCCAGCACUUAAUUUCAGCUCUGUUUUAAACCUAACCUCGCGAGAAAGAACAUUAUCAGAAGCAAGUACACGGAUUUACAGACAGUUACUACAAAUUGUUGGUCUGAAACCGUGCAGCCAUGGGAGCUGUUCUGGGAGCCGUGACAUUCGCCAGUUGUGUGCCAUGCCUUUGCAGCAGUGCAUCAUGUCUGAUGUGCAGUUGCUGCCCAAGCAGUAGAAACUCCACUGUCACCAGAGUCCUCUAUGCCUUCAUCUUGCUGCUGGGGACCAUUGUCGCUUGCAUCAUGUUGUCCCCGGGAGUGGGCGAGCAGCUCAGAAGGAUCCCAGGCUUCUGUGAAGAUGGGGCAGGUUCUUCUAUCCCCAGCCUACAGGCUAAUGUCAACUGUGAAAUGUUUGUGGGCUACAAGGCAGUGUACCGUGUCUGCUUUGGCAUGAGUAUGUGGUUCCUGGGAUUUUCCUCUCUAAUGAUCAAUAUCAAGAACAGCAGAGACCCCCGUGCUUCCAUCCAUAAUGGAUUUUGGUUCUUUAAGUUGGCUGCCUUGGUAGCAGUUACUGUGGCCGCCUUUUACAUUCCAGAUGGGCCUUUUACCUACUUGUGGUUUGUGGUGGGCUCCGGUGGAGCUUUCUUUUUCAUUUUGAUCCAGCUUGUGCUGCUGGUGGAUUUUGCCCACUCCUGGAAUGAGUCCUGGGUAGACAAGAUGGAUAAUGGCAACUCCAGUUUCUGGUAUGCAGCUUUGUUGGUGGUUACAGCGUUCAACUACAUCCUGUCAUUUACUGCCGUCAUAAUAUUCUUCAUCUUCUACACCAGGCCUGAUUUAUGCUUCAUCAACAAGUUCUUCGUCAGCUUCAACAUGUUGUUCUGCAUUGUGGCAUCUGUUGUCUCUGUCUUUCCCAAAGUACAGGAAUCUCAGCCACAUUCAGGUCUUCUACAGUCCUCCUUCAUCACCCUGUACACCAUGUUUCUGACCUGGUCUGCAAUGACCAACGAACCUGACAGAGUAUGUAACCCCAGCGUGCUGAGUAUCUUUCAGCAGAUAACAACCCCCACGCUGGCCCCUCUUGAGAUAGAGAACCAGACGGCCGUGGUGAUCAUUGGCACAGAGGAACCUGUCCUAUCAUCGCCAUACCUGCAAUGGUGGGAUGCCCAGAGCAUUGUGGGGCUUGUCAUAUUUGUCCUGUGCAUUCUCUACUCCAGCAUUCGUUCAUCCAGCACCAGUCAGGUGAAAAAGCUGACCAUGGCCUCCAAAGAUUCCGCCAUUCUGGCUGAGGGUGGCAGCAGCCCUGACCUAUCCGAGGAGUUGACAGGACACAGGCGGAUGGAGGACAAUGAGCGGGACAUGGUUCAGUACAGCUACUCCUUCUUCCAUUUCAUGCUCUUCCUGGCCUCACUGUACAUCAUGAUGACCCUUACCAACUGGUAUAGCCCUGACGCAGACUACACCAUAACUAACAAGUGGCCAGCAGUGUGGGUGAAGAUCACCUCCAGCUGGGUAUGUUUGGCCCUGUACAUCUGGACCCUGGUAGCCCCCAUGAUCCUCACAAACCGAGACUUCAGUUGAUCGACCAUUCUCUCUCACUCCACUUUAUCUUGCACAAACUUGCAAACUCCAGCUAAAUAUUGAUAAUAUAUCAGAAUGAAACAAAACAUGGUAUGGUUCACAGAUGCUAUAACAACUGUGUAGGUACAUGUAUAAUAUAUGUCAUAAAUGCCAAUCACAUAUUUUGUGUUGAGGCUCUUAACACAAAAAAUAUUAUUCUGAAUUAAAUUCAAAUAUGAUAUCUACUUUAUACAUUCAAAGUAUAUUAUUUAUUUUAGUAUUGCAACUCGCCUCAUUCAUAACUGUAGUAAAUACUGAGGAUUGGUUUGUGAAUUGCAUACAGUUGUACGCUGAUAGACUUUGCUGCUACGCCCUUCAAUGCCUUGUUUGUCUGUAAAAGGAUGGAGAUUUUUGAACAUGUUGAGAGUGAUCUUAAGUACAUCAGUGUAUUAAACCAUGGUGGAUAAACUUACAAAAUAUCUGCAAUAUGACUUUAAGCUAUCAGUUUAAGUUUCUGCCAAAUAUUAAUGGUCAAUGUAAAACAUGUAAAGGUGUCUUUAAGAUGUUGUGGUUACAUUUCAGUAUGUUACAUGGACCCAAGCACAACGGAACUGCACUGACAUAGUUGAAUAACUCCUAAUAGUUUGGAAAAGCUUCCAAAAAGGUUAAAAGAAUUAUUUUGACUUGUGUUGUUUUUGUUUCUUUUCUUAAUGAAUGUAUUUUGUUAAAUGGUUAAUGUUUAUGCAUCAAACCAGAUUUACUUGAAACACAAACACUGGCCAAAUGAUUUUUGACUUACUGUAAUUGCCAUGUGAUGAGUUCAAUGUCAGUACUGUUUCAGUUUCUGGUUAAUUUUUCGGGCAGUCCGCGAUUCUGCUUUCUCCAUUUGUUGUUGUAUGUAACCCGUUAAAUGAAGGUGUUCGGGGUAACCCUAAACCUAACCCAAAUUUUUUUCAAUUAAAAUAUUUGUUGAUGGGGAAGCUGGGUUAGAGUAUAAUAUUAAUUCAUUACAAAUUUUUUAUAAAUAAAAAUAAAAAGCAUACCAGAAAAAGGGCACUUUCUCUCGAAGAAAAAAAAGGGCAGGGGAUCAAGUCUCAUUUGAUGUCUGUGGGCACGUGUAUGCGCAUGAGCUACUAGAUAAUGUAAUAAGAUAGGGCAUACAGGCUAAUGUAAUGUACUUCAGGGUAGACACUACAGGUGACUACAGAACUUCCGCAGCUAAUGACUUACAUCAAGAAAUGGUAUGUUUAAAUAUGCAGAUUAGUUUGUUUGGUGAAUUUAUGACAAAUAUACAGAUGUAGACAGUCAGAGGGUAGUAAAACAAACACAAUCAAAAUGUAUGAUUGGAGGCUGAUAUAUCUUUAUUAAUAAAUGAUACAGACAGCCCUCCCUCAAAUGUGAAAGGAGGGAAUUGUAGAUACACUGAAACUAAGGUCCAAUCCUAUUUCUUCCCUUGGCCCUACCCCUUAGCCCUUCCACUUCAUUUAAUGCAUUCACGUGUAGGGGUAGGCUGUCUCAAUACCUGUUGGGACGGAAAGGUAAGGCUUUAUACCCCUCAAACUAAGUUUUUUGGGACCCUCACUUCAAACAAAGGGGUACCUAAGAUGUCUUGCCUACACCGGCAAGCUGGGACAGAGACCCUAAAAUGUAGUAUUUUCUCCCAAAAAAAAAGGAUUUAAAAAUUCGGAUAUUGAUUAUAAUAUCGUUUCAAUGUAUUAUGGUAACUUUAUUAACAACAACCUUAAAAUAAGAUUGCGAGUGCGUAGCGGUAGGAUGCUAUAAAUUUUUUUUGGGUAUGAUAAUACCGUAUUUUCACAUAAAGUCUUGUCGCUCAUUAAAUAAUAUUAACACUGCUGAUAUAUAUAAAUGUCUGUAUUCUAAAUAAAUCUUAUUUUAUGAUUGAAAUGUUAACAACAACAAUGCAAAUACCAUGAGAAAAUAAAGGCAACAACAGCAACCAUGCUUUAGUCAUUAUUACAUUUUUGGGGGGGGCUUUCUUGUAAUUCUACCUGACCGCAACCGUGAGUGCAAAAAAAAAUAAAUCUAAAAGGUUGUAGAGAAAAAAAUAAAUAUAAAGAAAUUCUCUGGAAUAUUCCCUCCAAAUAAAUGUAUCUUCAUAAAACAUUCAAACUAGAAUGGCACCAAGUCCCUUCUCCAGGAUAGUCUGUGUUUCCCACUCCUGUGAUUACCUGCUCCUCCCUAAUUUGUUGCACUUGUUGCAGUUGUCUUGUCUCAUGUGUAUUUAAAACCUGUGCUACUCUCCUUCUGUGCAAGAUCGUAUCAGCGCUCCAGCAUUAUCUUCCUCUGUAUGCCCUCCUGUUAAGACCAGUUUUCUGGACAUUCUAACCUGUGUUUGCCUAGGGGAUUUUGGAUACCUCUGCCAGAUUUCUUGGACUGCCUUUUUGUGUAUCGAACCCUGCCUGAUUCAGUAAAGCCUUUGUACUUAAUUCAAACAAAAUUGAAAAAAUCAUCUCCUAAUUGUACACACAGACACACUGUAUAGCAUCUCUCUAAACAAGGUUUCAAAGUGCUUUAUAAACUCAAUUGCAAAAAUGAAUGAAUGAAAAUAAAGUUAUUCAAUUCAGAUUAAUUAAUCAGUCCCCUACAUAAAUCAGAUUUUCAAUUUGCUUAAAUCCUACAGGACCAGUGGCAGGUCUCAAUCAACUGUAUGCUGCCCCCUGGCAGGUUUUUCUUCCUGACAUUUGCAGAAACUAUGCUAAUUAACAGCACGGACUGGCUCAUAAUCAAAUGGCUAUGUUUUACAGAUAUACAGUAGCUUAAAGCAGCAAGAUCAGCUUCAAAAAGAGACUGCAAAUAAUUAAGUUUGUAAUGCAAAGGGAAGGGAACACGGUCUAAUCCCUGGUCUCUGUGAAGAAAAUAGAGUCCAAAAGUUUCCAUACUCCAUCCUUGUUGAAGGAGCCCUUGCACUUCACGAGGUCUAACAAACAGAACUCAAGGCCAGAAUGCUAAAUCCUCCCAUUCAGCUGGGAAAGGAGGUCCAUCCUUGCUGAGCGGAGCUGCCAUGGAUAUCCAUCCAACAGACUGAGGAUUGUAGAGAAUCAGUGGUGUAGUGCAUAUGUAGCAGGUAUUAGAACUAAUAGUGCAUUCCACCAAAAAUCCCUCCGCUUUUGUUAAUUAAUGGUUUAUUGUAUUGGGUUUUUACAUGGGUUUGGCGCCCUCUAUGGUCGCGGAUGGACAUUGUGUUUAUUUUCCAAGCUCUAGAAUGCAUUGGAGCUGACACUAAUGGUUACAUUUCUUAGCUGAAGGUAUAUGUUAGUUGUUUAUAUGUUCAUUUGUAUUCUAAGAUUAUAGCAGUCGAGCCGUUUAAUUUUUUUAUGGUUCAUUUUCAUUUGUGAGUUAGUUCAGAGUGUUUCAACUAGAUAAAGAUACAAAUAAGAAAGUAGCUUAAUUUUAAAUUUCUUAACAUGUUCAAGACAUACAAGGAAUCGAUACGACGUUUCCCACUCUCCCCCAGUGAAACAUAUAAAGUGCAGAGGCACAACAGAUAACACAAUACAUUUCCUAAUACUAAGUAAACAUACAGAUUUUUUUAGUACAGCAGCAAACAUGUGGUAUUUUUCUGUGCAUGUGCGUUGGCAUUCGCCAUUUUGUGUCCUGAAGUAUGCCUGUUGAACCAUAUCUUUUUUUAUGUUAAGCAUGUGGCCAAAUGACCAACAUUGUUUUCUUUUCUUUUGCUGAAACUCUGAACAGGUAUGUUUUGUUGCAUAGUACUCUUGUUGAGGUAAAUAGCCAAUGUGAAUCUUUUCAUGAUGUGUGACUGUGGCUUUAGUUUUUUUAUUUAUUUUCAUGAAUACUUAGUAUUUUGGCAUGUAUUAUUUCCUAUACAGGCCUUUUUGUUUUUAUUAGGCAAGAUUUGUAAAUGUGCUAAGAAUGCAUUGGAGCUGUAUGAGAGCGGCAUGUGACCAAUUGACCAACGCUGUUUUCUUUUCCUCUGCUGAAACUCUGAACAGCAAUAAAAGUCCUGUGCCGAAAAUCAA